AUGCGUGUCGAUAGAGCAUCCGGCCCAGAGGAAAUCAAUUUGAAUCUGAACUUGAGAUUGUUCAUGCAAGAUUUGGACUAUAUCAUGCCUUCGGACAACAAAGAGAUAAAAGAGUACCAAUCAAAUACUGCGAAAAAUGGGCAUCGCAUACUUCUGAUGGGGAACUAUACAGAAAAAAGCGAGAUUGGCGUGCUGGUAGAAAUGUUCAAAGAUGAGAAGGCUCACAUAAUUCCAGACUUUCCUAAAAAUCGCCAAUCCAGACGCGCUGAAGAAGUCCCUGAGCCAGGAGACUCUUUGUGGUCUAUACCGUUUGCGCACAAAUUUGAAGGACAAAAAGCUCAUGUCGAAUAUACGUUGACUUUAAAAUUGCAGAUGGUUCCAUCUCACCUGGCAUUGAAAUUACUAGAAGCCCCGUCUCUACCUAAUCGACGAUCCCCCUUCCAAUUUGGAAAGGAAAGCAAAGCUGGCCCAUUUGCGGAUGAUAUUGAAGCCAAGGUCAAUUGGCAUUGCCAUCGGAACCUGGAGCAUAUUCUUUCCGUCUGCAGCAUUCCUCUUUAUUCAAAUUUGUCAGAAGUUCCGAAGACUUUGAAGACAACUGGAAUCGGCUAUUCACCCCCAUCAAUUCCAACCGCACUGACUUGUGGAGAUUUUGGAGACCAUAGGGUCAGCGUAUCAGGGAGCUACUUUGCUUUCAUGUUCAUGUUAGAGAUGUACAAGAGUCUUGACCCUUCCGAUUCCCAGAAAAGUCCUUGGUUGGUCGACAAUCAAGCCGUGAAUCGCCUACGCAAAAGGAUUCGUGAGACCUGUAAGGGUCACCUUGACUGGAUCUUCAAUCUUGACCUUGACGCAGCCUGCUCCACUAAUCUCUGGAUCAGUGGCAAAAUGAUAGACUCAUACAGUGAGACAAGUGUCCCAAAGAACUGUCCCACCAACAUGCCUUAUCACAUCAUCAAGGUGACAGAGUUCUUAAGAGUAACCGAAGACUUUGCGGGUAAAGAAUCUAUUUACCAAAAGCUGGCAAUACUCUGUGAGGGAUGGUUCUCAAGAAUUAAGGCGACGAAGAACAUACGAACACCUACUUGGGAGCAUGUCGAGGGCUCAGAUAUACCUUCAUAUCGCCUGGGCGAUCAUAUUUGGAUCUGGAAAGCCUUGAGAGGAGUUGAAGAUCUCAUGAACGAAAUGGGUCCCCAAAUCCCGAAUAGUUUCAUUCAUCCAGAUGAGCGCCAGCAGUUUCUGAAGUUGAAGGACCGAAUUUCCACAUUGAAAGCAGAGAGAUUAAGAAGUCAUGCAGAUGAGGACGAGGAAGCCAUUUUCUUCAACUCUGAGGAUUUGCGAAAGGAAAAUUUAAAGCGGUUUACAAUCAAAAAUGAGAUCUUCAACAGACGCAUGCUAAGUGUCACUCGGAGUGCAAGCGAGACACGAUUUUUGUUACACUCACGAGAUACGGUGCUGUGUUACGGAAUGGGUUGGGACUUUUUCAAAUCUCACGAUGAGCCACUAAGAGAAUUGAUGAAUAUUCAAACGAAGCAUGAUGACAGUCUUUGUGAAGAGCCUUAUUGGAAGGACCCUCUUCGAUACGGAUUGGCUAUGUUGAUGUCUCGCGAAGAUCAUCAGCUAGAGAGCACAUAUUCACCAGACAAAAUGGAACAGUAUGCAAGGAAGCUCCUACUAUCCUCAUCUUCAGAGAACGGCUUGUUCCCCGGUCAACUCAAUGAUGAUAAGCAAGCAAUGCUUUUUGAAGACGAAAUCGACCGAGACUUUUAUUUCCACGUGGGCUUUGAAAUCCCAUAUAUUCUAUUGCGGUGUCAAUGCCCUAAGAAAAUACAACAACUUGAUCCCGCCGAAGAUGUGUCUCCUGAAAAUCCGUUAGCAUCCGAGCAAAGCGUGCCUCGUGACCCAAGACCCCAGAAUGAGCAGAGCUAUUCGAAUCAAAAUUUCACAAAGCCAGCAAUCACACCAAUGACGCUGAAAAGGCAAAUUCCGUAUGGAGUAUUCGUGGAUGUGAACAAAAUAGUGGAUGUCGCAGAAGAGUGGCUUUUCAAGGAUCCAGAUUUCCUGGGAUUCACUCCUCCACAAGAACCGAACGAGAUAAAUGGGACCAUAAUAGCAGCAUCGCAUAGGCUUGGCCUUGAGUACGAGAUGGAUUGGGAUGACAUGGAAUUGAUGGAAGGGCGACAUUCCGCGAUUAUGCUGGACAUCCGCAAAAGCCGAAAGAGAAAACUCACGGCCCAGCAAAAGUGCACCGUCGUCAAAGUAUCCAGGGAUCGCCUAUUGGCCAAAAGAAGACUUGAUGAAAGCAAAAAGCGAUUGAUCAAUAUCAAGUGCCCAAAGUGGAGUAUGGCAAUAGCAUGCUAUGUUGCAACGCCAGAGUGUGACAGAUCAAACCUCGCAUCAUUCUUCCAAAGACAUGGGAAUACCAAAUCAAGCUUCUUCCAUGAUGAUGUGGUAAUAGGAUUCAACACUUGGACAACUGAGCUUCAUUGUCGCUUCUUUAGAGCCGUUGAAAAAGAUGGAGAUGAGUGGAAAAAACUACAAGAGCAACGAUCCGCUGGAGGUUCAGAUGUUCCAGCAGACCAAAAAUGCAGCCGACAGCUGGCUGCAAAGCUAUGCCGAACACUUGGACACGGCUGUUACAUUGUGGACGAUGUUUUUAGCUUCAUGAUGGUGGGCGACUGGUGUGAUCGGUACUGGACAUGUCAUGUUCUCGAGACGUCGACCGUCAGCAGUGAUUUGUUCCGGGCAAAAUGGCGUCAUAAUAAUCCACAUUUCCCUCAAAGAAAGGUGCUUGAGCUCAUCCUAUUCAACAAUGUUUUGGAGAACAUACACCGAAGCGCUAUCGACAUCCUCAAAAGGCUUGAACAAGAUCCGAGGUCAAGUUCAUCUGAUAUGAGCGAGGAGCUGUACUCAAGCGUAAGCUUCAAGGACAAAAAGCAAGAGCUCCUCGAUGAAACAUUUCAGGUACUUCGCGUCUUGAAAGAUAGUAUCACGGGUAUCAAGGAUCUGAUUGAGGAUUGGAAAGGACGCGAGAGCUCUCAGGGGAGAGAAAGACCACGCUGGACUCGUAGCGAUGAGCAGAAAUAUCGAAAGAUCAUUCAAACCCAUGACAAUGAGUUGGCAAAGCACGACCGCGAGAUCAACCUUUUAUUGUCUCGUAUUGACUUUCUUAUUGCCUUGGUCAACAAUGAAAAAUCGCUCAGUCAAUCCCGAGAUGUUACUCGUUUUACAUAUGCCACAGUCUUCUUCCUACCCGUGGGACUCGCUGUGAGUUUGUUCAGUAUGAGUGGUGCUCCAGGUCGAGCUGCUAUUCUCGAAGUUGUGAUCACAGCAAUCGUCGCUCUGUCAGUCACUGUCUUUAUUCUGUGGUCAGCUAUCAAAGCUCCAACUUCAAUAAACGCCCGUCGUCUACCCGUGAACUUUGCCUGGAUCGUGGAUAACUUCAGCACAUAUCGGAAAAAACACUCGGCCACGGGUGAUGGAGAUGAAACUUCGACCUCUCGCCCGCGAGUCUUUAGGAGAUCUCUCCGGAACACGUUGUUUAGCUUGUCAAAGUUGAAACGGCGAGAUACGACCAAAGAUAGCCAUAGCGAGUCUGCAGCUUGA